ACGGAAGCGGUUCUGAUGUAAAAUAAGGCAAAAAUAACCCGGUUAAGCGAGCGCGUUGGCGCGCGCCGCCGUCGCGAGGCGACUCCAGCGCUCGUGCCGAGUGGUCAAAGUUCAACCGGAAGUGACCGGAACGCGGCGUUUUUACUUAAAAUGUAUUUUUUUAAAAACCUCCCCGUGACCGCCCGUCACAAAGCAAGGGGAGAACAAACACCCGGUUGACGGGCUCCGGUUACCGGAGAGGGAUGACGUCACCCCGUUACGAACACGUCGGGGUCGCUCGUGCGCGGAAAAAAAACAAAACUUUAAUUUAGCGCGUUUCUUGGGGAAAGCGGGGAGGGGGGGACCCUGCCCGCGCAUGCGCAGUGGGCCGACGCGGAUAUAAGGAUUGGCGCCGGCGCCACCACAGCUGAUGCAUUCAUUCCCUGAUCACCGAGGAGCGAGGACCCCCCUGACCCCCCAGAGCAUAAAUUCACUCGACACGAUGUCCAGACGAAGCGGUCGCAUCACUUUGCAAACCAGAGAUUCGAACACACUCGAGCCGACCAAAGCCCCGCUGAAGAGGAGGAAACCAGAGCCCUCAAAGAAUAAGCUACAACCUGCUGCCAAGAAACAAAGCUAUGAAAUACAGACGUGUUGGUCGGAGGACGGAGCGAGUCCGUGCGUCCUCAUGGAAACUCCCCACAAAGAGCUGGAACCUGCAGACCCGUCCAGCUUCAAGCAGUACAGUUUCAAGAACCUUUUCAUCAAGUCCUCCCCCAUCCCCCGCCUCAGUUGGGCCAGCUCGGACGACGUGUGGAUCAAAAUGCUCAACAAGGAGCUGAAGUACGUCCACGACAAGAGUUACCUGCAGCGGCACCCCAAGCUGCAGCCCAAGAUGAGGGCCAUCCUGCUGGACUGGCUGCUGGAGGUGUGCGAGGUGUACUCGCUCCACCGGCAGACGGCCUACCUCGCUCAGGACUUCUUCGACCGCUUCAUGCUGACUCAGGAGAACGUCAACAAAGAUUACCUGCAGCUCAUCGGGAUCUCGGCGCUCUUCAUCGCGGCCAAGAUAGAGGAAAUCUACCCUCCUAAGAUCACAGACUUCGCCUACGUCACGGACGGAGCCUGUGACAUCUGGGACAUCCAGCGCACCGAGCUUCACAUCCUGAAGGCGUUGAACUGGAGCCUCUGCCCCGAGACGGCCAUCUCCUGGCUGAAGCUGUACGCUCAGGUCCACGCCCAGACGGACCAAGAGAACUUCCUGGUGCCUCAGUUCUCCCAGGAGACGUACAUCCAGAUCACACAGCUGUUGGACCUGUGCAUGCUGGACAUCAACUCACUGGACUACAACUACAGCGUUCUGGCUGCAGCCGCCUUCUGCCACUUCUCCUCCUUUGACGUCGUUCAGGAAGUCUCCGGUCUGACGUGGGACGCCGUGUCUCCGUGCGUCCGCUGGAUGAGCCCCUUCAUGGACGUCCUGCGCUCUCAAGCCGCCCCUCAACUCAAGAGCUUCCCCAAAGUGAAAGCUGACGCCCGACACAACAUUCAGACCCACGUGUCGUACCUGGACCUGCUGAGUAAAUCUCAGGACCAUCAGCUCGACAGCCUCGACUGUCAGCUGUCGCCGGUCGCUUUUGGAACGAUCCUGACUCCGCCCAGCAGCGCGGAGAAACCGGCCAAUCACUGAACAGCUACCUCUCCCUCGGGCGGUGUGACCCCUCGGACCGCGUCGCCACAUUUCAUGUAGCACGAUUUUAUUUAUUUUUCAGGAAACACUAAAUCAGGAAGCGCUUCCUGGUGUUUUUUUUUUUUUUCAUUUUGUUUCUAGAAAACGUUCCUUUUUUAAAAAAAACAACAAAAAAAAACUUUCCAGACUAAGUAGUUUAAUGUGGCGGCAGCAGAGUCCACCUGUCACGUUGCUGCUGCUUCUUCUCUGUUAUUCUAAUUUAAUUACGUCUUUGUUUGAGAAGAAGCCGAACAUUUCACGCCUUUUUUUUUAAUUUUAAUUUUUAAUUUCUUGUCUGUCCGAUUUUCCAAUUUUAUUCCACUCAAGUUUAAAGUUCACGUUUAAUUCUCCGCUGGGUUAAAUUGCCAUUAAAAUGUCUGUAAACAGCAGGUCAGUGUUUCUGCUUCGGGAGCCUCGACGGACCAAAACAACAUCCAGAAACCUGCAGGAGUGUUUGAACGCACCCCGAUCUGCCCCUCUUUCCAUUUUAUUUUUAAUCUUUGUUAUAGUUGCAACAUUGUUGCACAUUGUUACAUUCCUGGGAAACUUGACAUAAAUGUAAGUGCUUGUAUUUAUUGAUAAGCCUUAGUGUGUACAAACUAAACGUGUGUGUGUGUGUGUGUGUGUAUAUGUACAAACAAAUCUUUCAGUGAUGAAUGAGCUCAGUUUGAUUGCUGCCGAAUGCAAAAGCUAUUUAUGAUUGUUGCUCUUGUUGAACACUUCCGAGUGCCUUUUUAAAAUAAUAAAAAUGAACUGCGCGGCUCCUCAACCUGCGACUCGGCAGUGAACCAACAUGUGACCUGGACGCAGAUGUCAACCAAUGUAUGUUUGUGUAAAUAGAGCAAUUCAAAAAUGUGUCAUUUCUUUUAUAUUGGAAUGUUUUAAAUAAAUGAAGUCAAAUUACA